UACAAGUGGUAUUACAAGAACUCUUUAGAGAAAUCAGGUCAAUCAGAUCAGAAACCAAGCAAUCCAGGUAGAUUGUAAAGUUUGUGUAUUUAAGUUAUUUUAACCAUAUGAAAUCCAGCUAAUUUGUUGAAAAGACAACAACUGUUCCUACAUAAGAAAUAUCAACUUAAUCUAUAAUUCCUCUGAGCUCUUAAGGUUCACUGUGUUGAUUAAUGAAAACAUGUGAUGUGAAACGUGCAGUAAACAAAGAGUUAGACAUGUAAAGCAGAUGUAGAUGUUUAAGAUACAGCCAUGAAACUAUGUGCUCAUAUUCACAAGCAUAUUUUGGAGCAGGCACCAAACUCACCGUUUUAGAUAAAAAUGUUAAAAUCUCUGAGCCAGUGGUCAAGGUGCUAGAUGUUUCAGAGAAGGAAGCAUGUCAAAAGACAAAUAUCACACUGGUGUGUCUGGCUGAAAGUUUUUAUCCUGACCAUGUGGAUGUGAUCUGGACUGUUGACGGAGAUAAUCGUACCACAGAUGUUAGCACAGACGAAGCUGCCAUUCAAAACGAUGAAACAAAAUUUUACAGCAUCUCCAGCAGACUGAACAUCAAUUACAAAAAUGAGUGGACUAAAGGCAAAAAGUUCACUUGUACUGUCAGGUUCUACAAUGGGAAAGAAUACACAGAAAACAGUCACUUCAUAACAGGACCAAAAAUUGAGGGUGACGAGGAACGUACCGAAAAGUAUGUUCUAUCAGUGAAUACAACUAUGCUGGCCUAUGGCAUGUUCAUUGCCAAAAGCAUUGCGUACGGCACAUUCAUCCUGUACAUCAUCAAGAGACAGGGUUUUAUUUCAAAGUAAAGGCAACGUGACUGGUUUGGACAUGAUGGAGAACUGCCAUGUGGUCACGUGACAGAGGAGGAUUUAUAUACAGUUUAUACCAAUACUGUAACAGCUAGUUUAGAUACAAGCUCUGUAUUUAAAAGCAUGAAGAUUUUUAACGCUUUGUUAAUGCUGCCAUACAUUUGAUUUUAUUUUUGUUUCUUAAGCUUGAUCUAACAACAUUUUUAUUAAAUGUUUUUACUAUAAAUAUUUUUACGCUGCACUUGUUCUUUCACUUGAUGUAUAAAACAAGACUUUUGUAUGACCACAUUCUUCGAGCUUGCUUGUAAUGCUUCAUUAUAAUGAUUUUGGUAUUAAAAUAAAACAUAAUGGUAUGAUUUGACAAGUGAUUAUGUGAGUAACGGGUGAUCACGUU